GUGGGAGGUAAUUCGAGAGCACGUGCUCGUUGGAUACUGGAGGAUUUACCCGCCGCACAAUGUCAUGGCGACCAUCACUGAGCAACUUUACUGUGCUUUCGUAACACGGGAUAAUUCCGGAAAUCAAAGUUAGCGAGUAAACAGUGAGGGUAAAAUUUCUCACAUCUACGUCAAAGAAACUCCCGCUGUACUCAAAGCUCAAAAGGACGGCUGUAGCGCUGCAGAGAUGGAGUGUGAUGUGAACACCGUUGUUGAGAGUGGUGAUCCAACUGAAGCGAUCCGGUGUGAAACUAAUGCCCUCAGGGAUGGCAGUGAAACACCACGAAAGAAAAACAAGAAACAUAAAAAGCACAAAAGUAAGAAGAAACGCAAGAAGAAGAAAGAUGAAAAAGAUAGCAGCUCUGAAUCUGGAGUGGAAUCGGACCAGGAAUCUCAAACAAAGUCAAGUAUGAAAAAAGCUGACCCAUCCAACUUUGAGUCUGGUGAUCGUGAUGAUAAAGAAUCAGCAAAAAAUUCAGUUGCAGAACCACAUGAUGAUGACUACAAGGUAAGAAAAACAAAGCGUCAUACAGGGAAAAAGAAGAAAAAGAGACGAAAAGAAGAAGAAAAGCAACAGAGAAAUUCUCCUCGUUCACGCUCAGCAAGUACGUCUGAAUCUGAGUCUGAAUCGGAAUCCGAGUCAAAGGUGCUACAAGCAUUGGAUCCCUCCAGCUUGAAUAAGAGAUCACCAGUGACCACAUUGAAGCUUUCAAAUGACGGCUGUAAAGAUAAGCUGUUGCUACCAGAUGAUAAAAAGGGAGAAGUGACUAGCAAAUCUGAGCAUAGUGAAGAGCAAUGCUUAAAACCAGCAUGGAGGGAAGACGAGUCUCAGCAGGAUGCACAUUUGCAAACUGUAGCUCGAGAACAGCAUAAUGAAAAUAACAUCAAAAGUGAGAACCUUGAAAAGAAUGGAAGUUUUAGCAAAACUCAGGAGCUCCCAGAUAUAAUCCCCAAGCAGGAGAAUGUACACAAAGAGCAGUUUAUACAGAAGAAUAUAGCCAAGGAACCACAUGAGUCUCAGAGAGGAACAGGAGAUAAGGAGUCAGAUUCUAGAUUAAGGUCUCGAUCGCGUUCUUAUGAUAAAUCGAGCCACAGUCGUUCAAGAACUCCAGUACAAUCCUCUCAUGUAUCAGCACGCAGGAAAGGUAAAUCACAAUCCAGAGAAAGGUCUGUUUCUAGCUCAAGAAGGAACAGUAGUACACAAAAAAGGCAUUCAAGGUCACCGUCAGAAAGUCGCAGGUCAAGGUCAAGAUCGGUCAGAGGACCAAAGCGCAAAUCGAGAUCUCUGUCUGGAAAGCGAAGGCGUCGCUCUGACUCCAGGUCCAAUACCAAAACCAAACGAUCCAGGACCAAGUCCCCACGACGUGGUCGGCGAACAAGGUCUCGAUCUGCCGCAAAGCUGCGCCGUUCUCGGUCACGGUCAAAACGAUCACUUUCUCGUAGAAAGAAUCGCUCAAGGUCACGCUCAAGAUCUGCUCGGAGAGGCAGACGCUCACAAUCACGCUCUCGGAGGAGGACACCACCGUCCCGUACACGGAAGUCUCGGUCCAGAUCAAUCAGGAGAAGGAGACGAACCCGUUCAAGGUCCAUUGUGAUCCUCAGGCGAUCUAGAUCCCGAAUGAGGAGAAACAGACGUUCUAGAUCAAGAUCUAGAAACCCAAGAAGGCGUAGCAGAUCUUCCUCUCCUCUGCGCGCCAGGCGGUCCAAAUCAAAGUCCCCUGUUCGACAAAGGAGGUCAAAAUCUCCACGUAGGACAAGGUCAGAAUCAAGAUCUCCUAAGCGCAGUAAACGGUCAAAAUCACGUUCUCGCCAUUCAAAGACUGCCUCACCUAAAUUUAGUAGAGGAGCAAAAAAAGGUAAGAGUAAGCGAUCAAGAUCAAAUUCACAGAAAGACACAUCUAGAUCUAGAUCUAUUUCAAGAGGAAGACUUUCAUCAGAUAGAAGUCGGUCUCCAGCUAAGAGUAAGUCUAGAUCUUUGUCACCAGCCAAAGACCAAGACUCAUCAGUGUCCAAAAUAGAAGAAUCUGCCAGAGUAGUCGUCCAGGCAGCUCCGACAGACAAGUGGAAGCCACUGGUGGAUAAAUAUCCAUCUCCAAAAAGCACCUCAAAUGAGAAUUCAGAACAAAUAGAACUUGAAUUGAAAAAUAUAAUCUCCAAUACAGCGUCUCAGAGCACCCUGGAGGGAACUGAGAGGCAAAACGCAUCUAGAUCAAGGUCAUCUUCAUCAGAACCAUUACCUCAGGAUGGAAGUUCUGGGUCAGAUGAUAAUGAACAGUCUGAUAACUCAAGAUCACGAACACCAAGUCCAGCCAAAAAAAAGGCCAGCAGGGUGUCUAAGUCACCUAUUCGAAGGAAGCGCUCUAGGUCUGCUUCCUCAACCCAUAAAGCACGAUCUAAAUCAAAGUCUGUUAGUGGUAGGGAAAAGUCUAAAACUCCUAUAAGGAAACGAAGAUCCCGAUCUUCCUCACAUAGCCUUAGGAAGAGGUCAACAUCUAGGUCCCCUGCCCGGCGAAGGAAGUCGCGUUCAAGAUCAGUCACUCAAAGGGGGAAAUCAAGGUCUAAAUCUCGUACCAGGACCAAGCGCUCAAAGUCUAAAUCACCUAAAAGAAAACGCUCUAAGUCUAGAUCACCAGUACGAAAAAGACGGUCCAAAUCACGCUCUCCUGCUCGAAGGAAGAGAUCAAAAAGUCUAGAAAAAAGCAAACGGUCAAAAUCUCGAUCCCCUACCAGGAAGAGAAGGUCACGAUCUCGGUCAAGGGCUCGCCAUUCACGAUCUAGAAGAUCUCGCUCUGCAUCUCGUAGGAGGAGACCCGUAUUUCGAGGUCAUUCGUUCGACAGGCGAGAUCGAUGGAAGCGUGAGCCGAGCCAUUCUCCCAUUCUUAUUCUCCGUAAAAGAAGGUCUACUUCAAGAACGCGUCGUAGCGCUAGCAAGACUCCACCACGCCUCACUGAGCUAGACAAGGAUCAGCUAUUAGAGAUCGCUAAAGCUAAUGCAGCAGCAAUGUGUGCUAAAGCAGGGAUGCCCAUCCCAGAGAGCCUUAGGCCCAAGGCUAUACUCCAGUUGCCUUUGCCAACUCCUGCUCCACCGCCUCUGUCUUUGCCGCUGCCCCUGCCAGUUCCCAACUUGCCCAUGAACAUCCCAAUGGGAAUACCCGGUAUGGCUGCAAUACCAAACAUGCCAAUGAAUGCUGCUAUGGCUAGUAUGACAGCAGCCACCAUGACUGCAGCAUUGUCUAACAUGGGAGCCUUGGCAGCCAUGCCCCCUAUGCCUCCACUGCCCACCAUCACGAACAAACCUCCUCCAGCUCCUACUCCUAAUCUGGCAAACAUUGAAGAAGUGAAGAGAAAAGUGGCACAACAGGCUAACAGCAUCAGUAUUAAGGAGUUGACAGAGAAAUGCAAGCAGAUUGCAGAAAGUAAAGAGGAGAUGGGUCUCUGAGGACUGUGGAAAAUGGUAAACGACUUGUUUGUGGUUAGCGGUAACAUACCUUGAUUGUAUCCCACUGUUCAAAGCUGAAAGAGAAGACAAAAUGAAGACGCCACUGGGUUUUAAACUGUAAGUCUAGGACACAGUACCGAGUCCCAUGGAUGGUUCAACAGUCAAAUUUUCCCAUGACACCAAUGGAGUUCUUCUUGUCACAGGACUUGGUCUGCUAGAUGAGAUCAUUUUGUGUCUUCGGGAAAAUUAAGGGCCAACUCAGAUUCACAGUGAAGUAUUCUUUGAAUUUUAAUGUGGUCUCUCUUGACAGUUGAAAGGUUCAACUUUUUUCAAGCUGCACUCUUGUGGAUUUAUUUUUUUUUUUUGAUUAACAGUGUGAAUUUUAGACCAUGACUUGCAUCAAAUGUAAAUCCCAUAUAAAAUGUAAAUCUCAUUUAUAAAGUACUUUUGUGAUCAGGAUUCCAUUGUUAUUUGUUCUUAAUUCCUUUGUGAAGUAUGUUUUCUUUUUCUUUUUUAAGGAACUGAAAUUUGAGGAUACAUUUUCACUAAACGCUAUGCUUCAUAGAUGAUAUUUUACUUGUGCAGGUUUGCAGUCGUAUGUGAUCUGACCCAGAACUGGGAAUUUAAAAAAAGAAAGUCACUGUACUGGAUUUUAGAGCCUGACAGGUAUACAGUGGCAUUUUAUCUUUAUAAUUUCAAUUGAUUGGAAAUGUAUAUGGCCAGUAGAGGUUUGUGAUGGGGUGCUUUUGUUUAUGCUAUUCAACAUUCGCAGAAUGGUCAAAUUAAAAUAAGAGUGCAUAAUAUGUACUUAGAAAAACUGCUCUUGUUGAGACACCUGUACUUUAUGCUAUAUGUUCAGUGAUUCGUCUAGGUGUUCAUGUUCAUUUUGGUGCAUUUAGCUAAUUGUUCUGAUUUUUUUUUUAUUUUGGUUUUGUUUUGAUUCUGUAUUUUGUGGAGAGACAUUAUCCCCAUUUAGAUUAUUACUCAUUAGGAAAUAUUAUUUCUGUAAUUUCAUACAAGGUUUUUUAUACCUCCCCUUAAAACUUGGAAUUUCCGGAAGUCCUGAAGCAUUUCAAUCAUUGCUUCGCAUAAUUGAAUCACUUGGGAUAAUUACACGUGGCCUUUAUCAUUGUGGAAUAAGUACUACAUUUUGCCAGUUUCAUCAUUUCUCAAAAUGCUGGCACAAAUAUCAUGCUUGUGAUGAGAGCCAGCUAUACUAAACUUGGGUUAGUGGUUUUUGUUUAAAGAAUGCUUAAGACAAUGAAUGGCAAAUAGUUGAAAGAUUAUAUAUCUACAGUAGCAGACUACCAAAAUAUGAUUUUUUUUUUUUUUAAAAAAUCCCCAUCUUAGGCCACUCUUUAAUAGGAAUGUAAUCCACUUGACAAUUGGUAUUUAAAAUGAUGUUUAAAAUGACUGGUACUCAACCAGUGCGAGGCAGUGUGUAUUAUUGUACCUUUUGUGCAAGUACCAUAUUCCUAUCAUAGUGUUGUAUCCACAAUUUUGAUUACACCGUAUGGUUUGGAUUUUUCUCUGCUGUAAGACAAGCCUGCUUUGUACAUAAUGCACCAUAUGAUUAUUAAAACAAAUGCCCAUGA